AUGGGCUGUGCUGUGUCGUGCGUCAACCAAGCGACUAUGUCGUUGUUUGGGAAAUCCAAUAAUAUUUUGGAUAAUAGCACAGAUGGACGUACUAUGUUAGAGAGGAAACUAUAUAUUGCUAAAGAGUCCCCAGAGCCAGAUUUCGACUUAUCCGAAUGUCAACUGCGUCAUGUACCGUCUGGUACCUUUUCAAUUUGUAAAGUCUACAGAAAAGAUAAUUUGUAUUUGCAUAAUAACAGUUUACAUUCAUUAGAAGAGGGAGGGCAGUUGUCGGACUUGUAUCUCAUCAAGGUUCUAAAUUUAAGUUGUAACAGAUUUACACAAUUGCCCAAUGAUAUCAGGUAUUUGGUUAAUUUGACUGAGCUAUAUCUUCAAAAUAAUCAUAUUAAAAGAUUACCUGACAACAUUCAAUUUUUACAGUCAAUACAGGUACUAGAUGUAUCAAUUAAUAAGCUUAGAAAUUUAACACCAUCAUUGGGUAAGUUGAAUUUUCUAAGAAAACUGAACUUAACUAAUAAUUCAGAUUUAACUGAACUUUGUCCAGAACUGUGUUUUGCCUCUAGUCUCACAUUACUUGAGAUUAAUGGUGAAAAUUUUACAUUCCCUCCACAAGAAGUUGCAGUACAGAGUACUAUGGAAAUUAUGAAAUAUUUAUGUAAUAAAAUGAAUGUUGAGUAUAGACCACCUGCAUCUACAAAUAGUGAUUCAGAAGUUCAAAGUCCAAACUCAGUUAUAGAUCCAUUUGCAAGACAUAAAACAUUUACAUGGGAAGAGCAGGAAGCUGCUAUUAUAGAGCAAGAGAAUAGAUUGCAUAGAGCAGCUAAAGAACAACGCGAGAAGUUUUUGAAUACAGUUUUACAAGAACAGAUUGAACUCGAUAAUGAGAUAGCAAAAGUUCAAAUGGUAAAAGAAAUAGAUAGACAAAGGCUCAUCAAGGCUAUACAAGAUGAUGAACAAGAAAUAGAAUGCUUAGUUAAAAACUUUAUUCAGUCUGAUAAUUUGAUGCCGGAGGUGAUACAGCAGCAGCUUGCAUAUGAGCAGACUGAACAUGACAGAUUACUUGAAAUUGUGAGACAAAAUUAUGAUAAUGUUAAAAAGGCUGAUAUAUUACGAGCAAUGGAAACAUUAAUAGAGGAAGAUUAUGUCAUAAAACAUUCCAAGAAAUACUAUGAUGACUCAUUAAAUAAUAUAAAACAGAGUAUAAUAUUACAAGACUUACAUGUUAGUGAAAAGGUUGCGGACCUAUUGAAUGCUAAAGACCAAUCACGCUCAUUGCUUAUAGAGCAACUUCUAGAAGACCAGAGUGUACAAAUGGCAAUGGUAGGCUCAUUAAUGGAAAAAGUAGAUGCAAAAAGUUGGAGUCUCAAUCAAGAGAUUUCAUUAAUAUCUUCACAUUUAGCCAGACUUAGUGUCAUAGAACAAGAAAAGAAAAGACUACAGAUUACUUAUAACAAUAAUGAGUUGCUUCACCAAAGAGUUCACCUAAUUACACUAUUGGAUGACCUCUUUGAACAACGUAACAAACGGAAGAAACAACUAGUGAAUACCCUUAAAGAAAUGGAGCAAAGUGAAUCUAAUAAAUCUAAUGAUUUUUGGUUGAAAAAUUAUCAAAAACUGGCAGAGUCAGCACCUAAAGACUUACUAAAUAUAGGAAAGUGUUUAGAUCCUGCAUUAGCAAAUUAUCUCCUGCAGGAAGGUGUUAUUCAUUGUUUGCCAUUUUUAGUUAAGUUCUUGUUUUCUGGUGAACCUUUAUUAAAUAUUACUAUGGAACAACUAAAAUCCAAUGGUGUGUCCCUGUCAUCUGAUAGGGAAGCCAUUAUUAGAGCAGUCAAUUCUUAUGUAGGCUCAAAAAGUAAGAAUCACAACUUUGAGGCAUCUCCAUCCAUCGAAGCAAGUGCCCCUACUGAGUUACUCGAGGAACAGAUCUGUACGGGGGUAGUGACUACAAGUGAUACAACUGACUUAGUUACAGAAGCAGAAUGUGUAAUUUGUAUGGAUGCUAAAAGUGAAGUCGUAUUUGUGCCUUGUGGGCACAUGUGCUGUUGUUAUCCAUGUUCGGAAAAAGAAAUGGAUGGUUGUCCAAUGUGCAGAAGUAGUAUAGAAAGGAAAAUCAAAGUCAUAAUUUCAUGA